UGAUUUUAUUAAUUCUGAAACCAUUCUAUAUGGAAUAUUAGUCCUCGAACUCGCGAUCAUUCCGUUGCAGUAGUCCGUUAAAGAAGUUUCGUUUUAACGUUUACACAAUAUCUACUUAUUAUUUUAUAUAAAUGAGUUGUUAGGUUUAAAAUUCUAUAAUAUGGCUCUCGAUUUACAUCGUAAGUACAUCGAGAAAAAGCAAGAUAGUGCACCCUUGGCGCCUAUCAAAGAUAUAAUAAAUUCUAAAUACUACUUGGAUCCUCUGGAGCUUUUGGGAGAACGGAGUUUUGAUGAACCUCGUGAAGUAAAUGAGUCUGAAAUCGGAAGUCCAGUACAAGAGUUUUUCCGGGAUGCAGUUGUAUUUUUAACCGGUGGUACUGGUUUUAUGGGCAAAGUUCUAGUAGAAAAACUACUUAGAACAUGUCCUCACAUUAAACAUAUUUAUUUGCUGAUCCGAUCUAAAAAGGGAAAAAACGUCGAUGAACGAUUGGAAGAUAUAUUUGAAGAUAGGUUGUUCAAAAGAUUAAAACAUGAAGUACCCAAGUAUUAUCAUAAAGUUUCUGGAGUAGCCGGUGAUUGUAGUUUGCCUGGUUUAGGAUUAAGUGUCAGCAGUCGAAAUACAUUGAUUAACGAAGUGAACAUAAUUUUCCAUGGAGCAGCUACUGUGCGUUUUGAUGAACAUAUUCGUGUAGCUAUGAACAUAAAUGUUUCUGGAACGAGAGAAUUAAUAAGUUUGGCCAGGAAUAUAACCAAUUUAAAGGUCAUGGCACAUAUUUCCACUGCAUUUUCAAAUUGCAACCGAAUGCAUGUCGAUGAAAAAUUUUAUGAUCCUAUUGCUGAUUAUAAUGAUGUAUUGAAAUUAGUUUCUUCUACUGACGAUGAAACACUUCACAGUAUGACUAGCAAAAUCAUUGGUGAUUUACCAAAUACUUAUUCUUUUACAAAAUCAUUGGCAGAAGAUGCUAUUCGUAGAGAAGCACAAGAUCUUCCAAUAUUAGUUUUCCGACCCACUGUGGUUGUGGGUACAUACCGGGAACCAGUAAGAGGUUGGAUAGAUAAUGUAUACGGUCCAACAGGAAUUAUAGUUGGAGCUGGUACCGGAGUACUUCAUACAUAUUAUCUCGAUGCUAAUAUUGUAACUGAUAUAAUUCCCGUUGACAUUGUAGUAAACGCUCUCAUAUGUGCUACUCAUAGAACGGCAACCAGCAGGAAGUGUGAUGAAAUACCAAUAUAUACAUGUUCGAGUUCAAUACAAAAACCAAUUAGAUGGAAAGAAUUUAUGGAGUUAAAUAAACGUCAUGGAAUGUACUGGCCUACAAUUCGGGCGAUUUGGUAUUAUUCGUUUUGGAUUACUAAAAAUCCAUUUCUUUUCGCAAUGUUAAAUUUUUUUUGUCACACUGUGCCUGGCUAUACACUUGACACAUUAGCUCGUUUUUCUGGACAAAAACCAAUAUUGAUGAAUAUUUAUAAGAAGAUUGAUAAAGUACGUGAUAUAUUAGCCUAUUUUGCUGACAAAGAAUGGACGUUUAUUAAUGAUCGAAUACUAGCGCUAUGGGACACUCUAGAUAGUCAAGAUAAAGAAUUGUUCAAUUUUGACAUACAUCAAUUAUCAUGGGAUUAUUUUUGUCAGGCUCAUUGUCUUGGCUUAAGAGUUUACCUCGUAAAAGAUGAUAUACAUACAUUGCCUGCAGCUAGAAAAAAAUGGGAAAAAUUAUACGUAGCACAUAACAUUCUGUUACUAAUUGUGUUCGGAAUCAUGUUGUUUUGUAUUUGGUCAAUUGUGUCUGUACCACUAAAAUUGACUGGUCUAAUGUAAAAUAAUUUGUGGAGAUUUAAACUAUAAAUAUUUUUUAAAUGUAUACGUAACUAAGUAAAAAUAAGUAUUUAUAUAGUUUUUUAUGUAUAUCAAAGUUUUUUUUUAUUAAUUUAUUCUUAUUAAUUCGUAUUGAUAAUUUAGAUAAUUAGUUGAAAUAUCUAGCUUAAUAAAAGUUUAUUAAACCGUUUUUUAUUUAAAAUCAAUUUUAAAGAUUAAAAACAGUAUUUAUUGUUUAGAAGUAGAUAAUUUAUGUUAAUAGAUAUUUUUCUUGAAAAUAACAAUUAUUUUUUGAAAAAAAAUAUUAUCUAGUAUGAGAACUCUCUUUUCUGUGAUUUCUGUUUUUAUAAUAAAUUAUAAAUAUUAUAUUAAUUUUUAAAUACUCAAUCCCAAUUAAUUUAAUUAUUAACUACACUGUAAGCAACUACACGUUAUUAUUUUUUAACAGUAUUAUUUUAUUGCAUGACAUAUUUUUUUAAGAUAUUUUUUGUAUUAAAUUAUGUACCUAUUUAAUGUAUUAAAUUAAAUUAUAACCAAAUAAUUAUUUUUAUAAUUUCUAUGAAACACAAACAAAUCAAGUUUUCUAAUUCUUAGUUAUAAAUAUUUAGCUUUAAGAAUUACACCCUCGUAAAAUUUUGCUUAAAAGUAAAAUAUUAUUGCCUAAUUAAUAUAAUAUUGAUUGAUUUAGGUUUAAAUUUGUUGACCAUUAGUUAUACUAUAUAUUAUAUUAUUUACUUUAAAUAAUAUAUGACAUGAAUUAAUAUAAUUUAAUAGAUUUAAAUAUAUUGUAAUAAUUUAACAUGAGACCAACCAAACGAUUUUUCGUUUUUAUAAUUGAUUAUUAUUUUAUCUAAGUAAUACCAAAUCGAUAAGAAUCAAAAGAUUAGUUUUGUACUGAAGAUAUUUUAAUAACAUAAUAUAUGUAUUUAUGCCAGGGCUUCAAAAGUUUUUUUAGAUCGUUAUACCCGAAAAAAUAUUAACAAAAUUUAACAAAAUCAAUUAAUAUAUAUAAAAAAAAAAAUCGAAUACCUACUACGUAAUGAAAUAUAUUUAAUUAUAAUUUAAAAUUAGUUACAAAUAAUGUUAUUAAAAAUAAUUGAUGUUCUUUUUUAUGUUAUACAUAUGACAUAUUAUAUUAUCACUCCAAUCAAAAUUUAAAUUUAAUUAUUAGUUUUUUUUUUAAAUUUUUAGGCAUGAUCAAUUUAAAGUUAACUGGCUUUUGUUAGCAAUAGUUAAUAUUUGUUAAAAUGUUUUAUGUUGUUCUUUUUAUUAAAUAAUAAAUAUACUAAUUAGUUGUCAUUAAGACAUUCUUAUAAUUCUACUAAUUCUUAUGUUUAUGUUCAAUGUUAUUAGUGUAUUCAAUUUUUUUUCAAACGUUAAACUUAAAAUGAAAAAUUAAAUUUUUUUUAAAAGUACAAUAACGUACCUAAAAUAUUAGUAUUUUAUAACGUUUAAUACCUGAAAAUGUAACAACGAUAUAAUAUAUUUUUGUAAUAAUUAUCACAUAUCAGGUAGAUAUUUACGUGCUAUGUGUUAUUGUAUUGUGUAUAUGGGAUUGUAACGGUGUAUCGUGAGUGUGAAAAAGUUUGAAAAGUAUGUUUAAUUAAUUUUUAAUAACAUAAAUAUUGUUUAAGAAGAAAAUAAAUUAUAUUUAAUGUGUUUUAUUAAGAA